AUGCCGAGCUGUCGGGCCCUUGGCCCCGACUCUGAGUAUAUAACUGAUUGGGUGUCCCACGGUUCAGGUCCAGGUGUGACCGUCUAUGGGUUCCCCUCGAAAGGCGGCAUCUAUGUACUUCACGACUGCUUAGGCGUGGAGCUGGAUUUUCUCCGCCACGACCGGUUUCAAGACACUCCAAGGCCAUCCAAGUCGGACCCAGACUAUAAAGCCAAAGAAGACGCCCACUGUGAUGAUAUGCGUCGUCUAGGUGCUACUUGGUGGCGUCGUUUGUUCCUUGCUUACGAAAAGGAGAUGACUGGCGAAUCUGAGACGGAAGAAUUUACCCGCGUGGGCUGGCCAGCGAGUGGUGGUGUGUGGGUAUUACAUUCUACGGUAGCGGAGGCAAGAAAUAUGGGUUCCGGGAUCAUCCACAAUGCGAAUAGUAUGGAGGAGCGGUGCAAGGUAAUUGAACAACUGGGAGGGAUUUUCUAUGCAGAUCCUAAGGACUGUCCUUACCUGGACCUGCCCUGA